ACUGAGCAGACGAGGAAGGAAUUGACAGGCCCAUCCAUCGAUGGAUCCGAUCGACUCCGCUCCGCCGCCGCCCAACAGAACUGAGCAGAAGCAGAAGCAGAAGCAGAAGCAGAAGCAGAUCAUCCCCCCCAUCGCCGCCGCCCGUCUCCGGUACGACGGCGACGCACAGGUGUCGUGCAGGGACCUUUCCUUCCUGAUACAGGAAGGCAGGGCUCAUGAGUGGCACGCCAGCAGCAAGCAGUAGCCUACAGGCAGCCCUCUCAUACUGCGUCAGGCAAGUCCGCGCCUAUGACUACCACCACUACCUAUGCCUUCUCCACCUGCCUCCGGCCAUGCGCAAGGCAGCGUUCACCUUCCGUGCCUUCAACGUCGAGACAGCAAAGGCCAUGGACGUCGUGUCCGACCCUCGGACUGGCCUCAUGCGCCUCCUCUGGUGGAAGGACGCCGUCGACAAGGUCUUUGCCAACAAGCUGGUCGAGCACCCGGUUGCCCAGGCGCUCUCUUCGGUCGUCGCAGACCACAAGGUUAGCAAGCACUGGCUCAAGCGGUCCGUGGAGGCGAGGAUAAACGACGCCAACCAUGACGAGGGCACCAUUCCUGAGACGAGCACUGAGUUGGAGAGGUACGCGGAAGACACCCAGUCCACCAUCCUUUACAUGACCCUGCAGGCUGGUGGCAUACAGUCCACUGUCGCUGAUCAUGCCGCCUCUCACAUCGGCAAAGCCAGUGGGCUUCUGUUACUGCUCAAGGCACUGCCUCACCAUGUAAAUAAGCAAGGGACGGUACCUUAUAUCCCAGCUAGUGUGGCUGAGGAAUGUGGCCUACUCACACGGGAGGGUGGCAGAUCGGAGGUCAGGAUGGACGAGAGGCUUCCAGAUGCAGUUUUCAAGGUUGCAUCUGUUGCCGAGGCUCACCUGCACAAGGCGCGGGAGCUGGCAUCGUCCGUGCCUAAAAAGGCGAUCCCUGUGCUCCUCCCAGCCGUGCCAGCCCAGGUCCUCCUGGAUACCUUGCGAAGAUGUGAGUUCAAUGUGUUUGAUUCUCGGUUGUCGAGGGGAGUCCACGGGGUCUCUCCUCUGUGGUAUCAGCUCAAGCUUAACUGGAAUGCGUGGCGAAACAAGUACUGAUGAAGAACCGAGCAAGUUUAACCUGUUCAACCAUGGGAAGAACUGCACUGAACUGCAGGCUGCUGCUGUUCCUUUUAGCAAAGCUUUAUUGAGCUUCCGAUGAGGUUUUGCUGAAACACUUCGUUAUAUAACCAAGAUUGAAUAAGAUGAGUAGGGUCUGCUACUUGUGCCAAACUUGGCGACUUUGAGCAAUUUUUGCUGUGGCUUCUGGCUUGGGAGGUUUAUUUAUUUGUUUGGAGUGCCUCUUUUACAUACAUGAAGCUGUUGAAUUUGUGUUGUGCUGUACGUACCACAGUAUUAUGUGGAGUCUGUUGUGCUUCUGGCUGGGCUCCAUUUUGACACUUACAACAUGAGCUCCUUUAUUUGAGGAAGGGGAUUAUAUAUAGCCUUGCUAAUUGAUUGAUUGAUUAA